AUGGCUACUCAGACAGAUUCUAAUCCUACGGCUUCAGCAUCUACAGAUCAAGCCAAUUCAAAAAAUGAUGUAUUUUCUGCGGCAUUAACGUCCACUCGUCGAAGAGCAAAGAACCUGUUAAGAGAUUACUAUGGGUUAGGGCCAGAUGGAAAGAAAGCCGAUCCGUUGGAUAUCGAUAAUUCAGCAUUUGAAGUGGAUAGCUAUUUCUCAAAGUUACUUGUUGAGAAUAACCUGAGUGCGUUGAUGCAAAGAGAUAAUGAUUUGUCUACCGAAACGAGACAGUUGGAUGGUGAUAUGAAAACUUUGGUGUAUGAGAAUUACAGCAGAUUUAUCAGCGCCACAGAUACAAUUCGAAAGAUGAAAAGCGACGUCGAGAAGAUGGAAUCAGAGAUGCACGAGUUGACUAAAAGCAUGGCAAAUAUUUCCGAAGUCUGUUCGUCGGUGAAUUCGGCGCUCGGACCCAAGCGCGAGAAGAUCAGACAACUUACGAAUACUCAAAAUUCCUUGAAGAGAUAUCAGCAGUCUUCUUGA